CGAGGCGGGAGGACGGUCCGUCGGACGUGCUGGCAACAGGUUCCACUGGUAGUGGGGGUAAUUUUCCCCAAUGUCCUCGGCCCGUGGAAUAACAUCUCCCCAUCUCAGCGCUGCGUGGACUUGCUGUUGAUUUAUACAUGCCGAGGAAUUGGCAGAGGAAGAGCUCGGAAACGGGACCAUCACUGCAGAAAUAGGAAGCGACAAUGGGAACUCCUUCCACUGACCGGAAGGGGCAGCUGGAUUACGGCGUUCAGAUCCGCUUCAUCAAAGACCUCCACGACACGGGCGGAGUCCCGCCCGAAAAAUCCAGAGCAAACGGCAACGCCACGCCUCCUUCCAACAAAUACGGAGUGGCUGUGAGGGUCCAGGGGAUCUCUGGGCAGCCUUAUGUCGUUCUAAAAGAUGGGGAGAAAGGUGACUCUUAUGGAGUCCAGCUGUCUAAUCCCAAUCCCACUUCCGGGCCAACAUCUCCAUACAACAGCAUCCCAAAACGUAGCAAAGUACCGGCAGAUUUCCCCAACUCCUUCAGCCCUGUUGUGAACCCUUCCCGCUCCCCGGUGUCUCCGGCAGAGGAUGAGGUUGGGGAGAUAUUUGGGAGUCCCCUGAGGAGACCUCCAGGGGACGGCCAGGCUGGGACUCAGGGGGAGGAGGAGGGAAGAGCGGGCAGGGAGCGCCGCAUGGAGAGGCCAAAGUCUGAACCCCAACUCAAAGCUUCGCCCAGCGAAACGGAGAAGAAAAUUAACGGGACUGAUAACGAGGAGUAUAACGAAGCAGGACUGAAGCCUGUUAAGCUAAAAUCUGCGGGACCCAAAGGGUUCAACCGAACUGCUGCUGGAUUUACCGGUUCUGUGGGGAGAAAACCCGGCUCGGAUUCAGCCCCAAAGUCAAUCCCAGAGCCUCCACUGGCGACCGAGAGCGAGCCCGCCGAGGCCAUCGACACCAACUCCCUGGCGCCCAUCAACAAACUCAUCAACAAGUUCAACAGCAGCACGCCGGGCGGCACCCUGCAGGCGAGGGGCCGCACCGGAGCCAGGCAGCGGCUCCAGUUCGACGAGCGCAAGAGGUCCAGAAGCCUCGACGCCCGGAAAGAUGCAGAGCCGCAGGCCAUCCCUGCCUCUCCUUCAUCUCCCGCUCUGAACCCUUACGCUGCGCCCAUAUCUGCCGCUUCCAGUCCAGUUACGUCAUCCGCUCCAGCAACCGCUGUCAAGGCGACGACGCCCAACGCCCCCAAGGCGACCUUCAGGCCUCCAGAGAAGUUUGCUGCUAAAGAUAGUCCUCCAACUAUUGCGAAAAAACCUGAGACGCUUUCAAGAAGUCUGAGUCAAAACACAGAGGUUUCUAGAAGAGAGGAGGCCCAAAUCAAACAGUCUGUUUACAACGUCUUCAAAGCCGGCAGCCCCAGUGAGACCGAAGCUCCGUUUAAAAGAAAAUCCAGCCUCGUCUUCGAGACUCCAGACAGAUUGCAGAAGGGAGGAUCCGACGGAAGCAUCAGGAAGGAGAAAUUCGAGGAUCUUCAGAAGCAACUCGAACGUUACAAGAAGGAACUGGAGCAGGCGCAGGAUGAACUUGCUGCAGAGCGAAUGGCCAGAGAGGUGGCAGAGUCCCGUCUGCGCCUUCAGGAAGAUCAGCUGGCUCAUCUUCAGGAAGAGCUGAGGCGGGUUUCGGAGGACCUGCCCCAGUCUGACUCAUUCCAGUCGGACGUGACGGACCUGCAGGCCCAGUUGGCCGAAGCCACCGUGUUGUACCAGCGGCAGGAGGAGGUGCUCCACCAGCGGGAGCGAGAGCUGACGGCGCUGAAGGGGGCGCUGAAGGAGGAGGUGGAGUGCCACGACAAAGAGAUGGAGACGCUGAGGGAGCAGUUCAGCCAGGACAUGAAGAACCUCCGGAAAACCAUGGAGGAGUUCACACAGUCGCAGGAGAAGAUCGAGGAGGAGCGCGAGAAGGUGAACGCCUCCCUGUUGACGCUGGAGGAGGAGCUGGAGAGCAGCAGGGAGCAGGGGGAGCAGUGGAGGACGGAGCUGGAGGCCGCCACGCAGAAACUGCACAGCACCAGAGAGGAACUCAAAAAGUCUCGUUUGGAGAAGGAAAAAGUUGAGGGCUCCCUGAAGGAUCUUCAGAAUGAAAAGCCUGCGUCUGACGAUGCAAACGCUUUAAAAGAGGAGCUCCGGCGUUGCCAUGACGAUCUGAAGCGUACCCGCGCCGAUCUGGAAAGACAAAGGGGCGAGGUGGAGGAGAAAGCCGGGGCACUCGAAGCCCUGAAGAAGGCGAGCGGAGAGAAGGAGGCCGAGCUUCUGUCGGAGAUUAGCAAGCUGAAGGAGCAAUUUCUGAAAGACAAGGCCGAGCUGGAAAAGGCCCUCGAGACGGCGAAGGAGUCAUCUAUUGCAUCAGCAGGGAAGACUGUGGUGGACGGCGGCACCAACCAGGAGCUGCAGCAGGAAAACACUCGCCUCAAAGACAGGCUGGCCCGCAUGCAAUCAAGGCUUCAGUCCAGCGUGCCGCGCAGCUCGGAUGCUGAGGAGGAGCUGGAAGCCCUGGAAGACGAGAACCGCUCCCUGAAGUCUCAGCUGGAGGAGGCCAAGAGAGGUGCCACCCGGCUGAGCAAAGAGCGGGACGACCUCACCCGGCGGCUGGAGGAACGAGACCUGGAGAGGGAGGCGCUGCGACGGGGCAAAAGCGACCUGGAGGAGCAGAAACGGCUGCUGGACCGGUCUCUUGAGAAGAUUAACAAGGAGAUGGAGUUGAUGAUGGGAGAUUCUCGUCAGUCGGUGGCCACCCUGCAGACGCAGCUGGAUGAAUUCAGGGAGCGAUCGAGGAAAGACCUGCUGGAGGCGCAGCGAAACAGCAAAGACCGGCUGGCUGAGCUUCAAAGGGCUCAGAAUAACCUGAAGGCCCAGCAGGAAGAGGUUUCUCGUCUUAAGAAGGAGCUGCUGGCCUGCAGCGAGGAGAGAGACAGCGCUCAGCUGGAGAGAGAUCUCCUGAACAACCGGCUGAAACACUUGGAGAAUGAGCUGGAAUCCGAGAAGAGCUCCCACUCGGACCGAGGCCGGGAGAUCCGGGGCCUGGAGGAUAAAAUCAAGGCGCUGGAGAUCGAGCUGGAUGAGGAGAAGAGCGGCGUGGAGCUGCUGAAUGAUCGCAUAACCAGGAGCAGAGAUCAGGUGGACCAGCUUCGCUCAGAGCUGAUGCAGGAGCGCUCAGAGCGACAUGACCUGGAGAUGGACAAAAGCGCCCUGGAAAGACAGGUAAAGGAGCUCAAGUCCCGCCUGGCUGACAUGGAGGGUCAGAGCCGACCCACAGCUGGAAUCACGCUGCUAGAGAAUAAGAUCCAGGAGCUGGAGGAGAGACUCCGCAGUGAAGAACGGGAGAAGACGAGCAUCCAGGCGUCCCAGAGACGAGCAGAGAGAAAACUGAAGGAGCUGAACGCCACAUUGGACCAGGAGAGAAGCCAGCAUAUCGAGCAGAGGGAUCAGCUGACCCUCCGUGUUAAGGCCCUGAAGCGUCAGAUGGACGAGAGCGAGGGAGAGGUGGAGCGCUUGGAGGGAGUCCGCCGUAAAGUCCUCAGAGAACUGGAGGAGCAGCAGGAGCUCCAGGAGGCUCUCCAGGCCAAAGUCGCAGCGCUGGAGAACGACCUGAAGCGAAAGUCGCAGCAGACUCAUCGCACGGCUCUGACAUCAUCCGCGUUGAGCUCCGACGAGGAGGACGGCCUUCCAUCUUGAGACGACCAAAAAUAAAAAAAUUUAAGAGAAGGACGAGAGAUUAAAGAAAUCUCACCUGUGAAAAACCUGACUUUUAUUAUUUUAUCACUCUCCUGCGAUUAUAAUUACUUCAGAAAUGUCGUCUUUUAUCUGUGUUGGUUUCUAAAGAUUAACAGCAUGUUUUUAAAAAGUUUGACUGUCCUGUAUGUUUGUUAUAAUUGCAGUGAGAGCACAUUACUGCAACAUAUUUGGGUCAGUUUUACUUCUCAACCAAAAAGAGACCUGUAUGUUUUACGUAUGAACAUUUUCUUGCAUGAUAACUUAUAUCCUUCAGUUGCAGCUUCCUGCAUGUCUUUGUGUUUAAAAUGAACUUUUUUUCUUUCUUUUUUUUACGGUUUUGACUGUGACAGUUUGGGGCCGAUAUCCUGAGCCUGUAUUUUUACACUGUGUUGCCUGUUCCUAAAGACAAUCAGUAGCAAAUAAACGUCUGCAUGUAUCAGAUUUUAUAACUUUCAACCACAAAAUGAAAUAUUUAAAAACUUAACCACACA